AUGGCCACCGACGUGAGAAUCGCCCAAGCGAUUGGCACCAUUGGCUGCGCAAUCGCAGCAGGUGGAAUCGCCACACUGUCAAUAAUAAGCAUCCCAACUCUUCUUGUUCCAGCCCGUCGUCCUGCAAAUGCGACGCUACCAGCCCAAGAUACCCCAGGAACGCCGGCCACCCACCUGACACACCAGUGGUUCAAUCUGUACGAUCGUGGUCACUUGAUUUUCCCCGGCACAGCGGUAGUGUCAUCACUCGCAAACCUCUAUGUUCUCUGGGAAUUGCGGGAUUCCCCUACCCCCGCCCCAGAUCUUCUUGGUGGCAGCUGGUCCACGUCCUAUAUGCUUGCUAUUGGGUUCACGAUGAGCAUUGUACCCUUUACGCUAGCACUUAUGAGGAAGACCAAUGAUAAACUGAUGGCUCAUGCGAAGAGGGAUGAUGCGGCUAACGCGGAGGGUACGAAGGAGAUGGUGGUUAGUCCACAGGAAACGGCGAAGCGAGCGCGGGAGGAUGACGAGGUGCUUGGGCUUUUGCAGUAUUGGUCGAAGCUGAACCUGAUCAGGGCUUCGCUUCCGCUUAUGGGGGCUGGCAUUGGGUUCUAUGCUGCUGUUUCCAGCUGGGUGCUUCCUUGA